CAUCACACAUAAAAUAAAAUCAAAAAAAGGAACAAAUAAAAAGUCGACAUAUUGUAGUAUAAAAACCUAGAUCCCCUUUCGUCAUUCAACCACGUCUCUGCUUUUCUUCGGGGAUUUCGAAGCUCUUUCUAUGCUUUGAAAUCUCUUUCUUUUUUCUCUCUCUUCUAUGGCGGAUUUUAAACUUCUUCCUUUGUCCAUUUUUCUGCUGUUUUCGCUGAUUUUCAGCGCCGUUAUUGCCAACUCUGAUGCUUCGCAAGUCAUCGAGGAAGUUCGAUCGGAUUCUAAGGAUGAUUCUUCCGCUCUUAACCUCCAAUUCGAACAACUUGAGUCCAAGAUCCAAAUUUUAGAGGCUCGCCUUGAUGAGAGCAGUACUAAUAUAAAAAGAAAGGAUGAGAAAAUAGCACAAUUGGAGACUGUUGUUCAGGAGAAGUCGGACACUGUUGCGUUAUUGCAAAGCGAGAUAGAGGCUGCUCAGAAAAAGGGUACAUCAGAUGUUGAGGAACAGGUCGGGAAGGCGCAUGCUCGUGCAAGUGAAUUGCAGAAGCAGUUUGACAAAUUGAAGAGGGAAAUUGAAGGACAGAAAAAGGAAAAGGAGGCCUUGGAAGCUCGAACAAAAGAAUCUGAGAUCAAGAUUCAGGAGCUGAGUUCGAAAUUGGAUAAGCUCCAGAAGAUAAAUGAGGAACAGAAGAGCAGAAUACGUAAAACUGAGCGUGCCCUUCAAGUGGCAGAGGAAGAGAUGAUGAAGGCCAAGUUAGAGGCCACGUCAAGAAGUAAGGAGUUGAUGGAGGUACAUGGUUCUUGGCUUCCACCAUGGCUAUUAGAUCAUUUGCUUCGCUCAUGGUCCUUCAUAGAGGUGGAAUGGAAUGAUCAUGGAAAACCUGUCAUGGAGGUUUUGAUUCAGAAGACUUUGGAGAAGAAGGAUCAAGCCGAAAAAUGGGCUCAACCUCAUAUUGAAACUAUUAAAACUAAAUUGGUCCCAGCUAUGAAGGAGCAGUGGGUGCUGGUAACGGAAUAUGUAGAACCGCAUGUGCAGACACUGACAGAAAAAUCUGCUGAAGCAUUUGAAGCAUCUAAAAAUGCUGUCAAGCCACACAUCAUUAAUGUACAAGAGUUGGCAGACCCUUAUUAUCAGGAAGUGAAGAAAUUUAGUAAGCCAUACAUUGAUCAGGCUGCCACUGUGGCAAAACCUCAUGUCGAAAAAGCUAGGACUAUCUUGAAUCCGUAUACUAAGAAGGCAGUUCAUGCAUAUGGGAAAUUUCUUGAAUCGGCAACUGUAUAUCAUAAUCAGGUACAAACUACGGUUCAUGAAAAGCUGAAGCAGCAUGAGGUCACAAGACAUUUAGCAACGAAGGAGCUGGUUUGGUUUGUGGCUUCUGCUCUUUUGGCCCUUCCUGUCAUUGUUGUAUUUAGAAUUUGCUCGGCAAUGUUCUGCAAAAAAUCUACAAAGCCUGCUCGACAUUCCCACGGGCAUCAUGGACGUCGCAAGGGUAAAAGGGGACAUUCAGACAAAUAGAUCUUUAGGGUCUAGUUUGCUUUGAUCUUUGGCUUUUCUGAGGUAGAAACAAAGUGUUUUUGGGAGAUUUCAGAGCCAUUAAUGUAUACUGCAUCAAUCAUUUCCACGAGGUUUCCAUUUAGGCAAAAUUUGAGUUAUCUGUCUUAGUUGAAUUUUUUUGUGAAUUAUUGUCACGGCGUCGGUUUUUUUUUGCUUGAACGAUGUUGUUUACCCCCAAUAUUUCAGGUUUUGAGUUUGUAAGUUUAUCCCACAAAAGUAUUAGAUUAUAUACUAGUAGAUAGCUGUGCUUAGUGAUAAUAUUUAAUUCCACGAGCAUAUUUGAUCUGUGGAGGCCUAGAUUAUGAUCUCUUGUACUAUGAUUAAGACUUGUGUUGCUUUUGGCCUGUGGGUAUAUUGUUUUCUUUUAAUUAUUAUUAUUCUGUUAAAUUAUCA